AUGGCUGGAGGCUGGUCUCCCGCCAAAGUCGCUAGAGUCAAGAGCGUUACUCUACCAGACAAGAUCAAAUGUGCAGGAUGCAACGAGGAACGGACCAUUACUGCUUUUUCCGCGUCGCAGAUCAAUCGACUUCGAAAGAAGUUUGCGACCCAGGGACAUCUAGCUUUGGUUCGAAAUGCUGUCCGCUGUUUGUACUGUACUGGAGGCAUUAUGCCGACCGAGAUUGAAUGCUAUCGCUGCCGCAUUACCAAGCCUCUAGACGCUUUUACUAAGACCCAGCGUCUUGAUUGGAGCUCUGCUACUUGCAAAACCUGCACCGCGUACUACAUGACCUCCGAAACGUGGGAAGAGGAGCGGGAAAACGCCAUCGCAAUGGGUAUUGACGGGUACACCGAGACAGGUUCGACCAUCGACGAGAGCGUCGAUGGUGGAGUCCCACUCGAGUCACUCCGAUCGUUUUCAAUCUCUACAGAGUCGCCUCGCCUCGGCCAUCUUCAACUCGAGGAAGAUCGUCAGCUGGGAACCGGCAUAUGGGUCGAGGAUGCUUCUACUAACGAGGCUGAUGACGAUGAGGUUGCUUCUACCAGCCAGGCACCCAGUUCAGCUGCCAGAUUUUCCGGAUGGGACUUGCCUGCCGUGAGAGCUGACGAAAGGCGCCCAGCCCCGACAAGCAGCACUGAAAGCAAGCGAAAGAACUGGGCGAAGGUUAAGUCUGCCGACCCGAGCCGUGCUGCUCGCAUUCUCAAGAUGUCGGACCCCAUGCGCCACCUUAAUGAAAAGGCGGAUAGGGAAAGGGAAGAGCUCUCCUGUCGUUCCAUGGUUGGGGCUCGCGACCACACCAAGCUGCAUAAGGAGAUACGAGCUGGCGAUGUUAGUACGACUGAUGGUGAUGAUGCAUCGACUGUGAAAGCAGCCUGA